AUGAAGCAGAGAUUCUCCAGCUUGGACGUCAAGGUCAUAGCCCAUGAGCUUUCUGCCAAACUUACUUCUCUCAGAGUCACCAAUGUUUACGAUCUAAGCUCUAGAAUCUUUCUCAUCAAGUUCCACAAACCCGACCACCGCGAACAGCUGCUCAUCGACUCGGGCUUCCGCUGCCACCUCACGGAAUAUGCGCGUACUACGGCUGCGGCCCCUUCGGGCUUCGUCGCAAAACUGCGCAAGUACCUCAAGACAAGGCGUGUCACGUCAAUUUCCCAAAUAGGCACCGAUCGUAUUCUGGAGUUCCAGUUCUCCGAUGGACUGUACCGGCUCUACUUAGAAUUCUACGCCGGCGGAAACAUCAUCCUAACUGACGCCGACCUCAACGUGCUGUCGCUUCUGCGAAAUGUGGACGAGGGAGAGGAACAUGAGAAACUUAGGGUUGGCUUGAAAUACAAUCUUACCUUGCGCCAAAAUUACGGGGGUGCUCCAGAGCUCACCAAUGAGAGAGUGCGUCAAGCGCUACAGAAGGCGGUCGACAAACAGCAGGAUCAGCCGGUUGCAGCAGGAAAGAAGGCAAAGAAGGCAGGAAAGGAUUCUUUAAGAAAAGCCCUCGCUGUUUCUAUCACAGAAUGCCCUCCUUUACUGGUCGAUCAUGCGCUUCAUGUUGCCAGCUACGACUCGUCCUUGAAACCGGAAGAGGUUCUUGCUGAUGAUGGGCUCGUGGAAAAGCUAGUCGAGGUGCUACGAGACGCAAGAAAAAUCACAGAUGAGAUCACAAAGACCGACCAGAUCAAGGGCUAUAUUCUCGCAAAGCCCAAUCCAUCAGCCUCAAAGCCCGAGGACGAGUCUACUGAUAAAACGCGUCUUCUCUACGAUGACUUUCAUCCUUUCCGGCCACAGCAAUUUGAGAACACCGACUAUACUUUCCUGGAGUUUGAUGGUUUCAACAAGGCAGUAGAUGAGUUCUUUUCGUCAAUAGAAGGGCAGAAACUUGAGUCGAAACUGACAGAACGUGAACAACAAGCCAAAAAGAAGCUAGAGAAAGCGCGCAAAGAACACGAGGAUCGCAUCGGUGGGCUACAGCAAGUGCAAGAAUUGAACUUUCGCAAAGCAGAAGCAAUUUUGGCAAAUGUCCAUCGCGUGACCGAAGCCACUGAAGCUGUAAAUGGGUUGAUCAGGCAAGGCAUGGACUGGGUCGACAUUGAGCGUUUGAUUGAACGCGAACAAAACUCUGGUAACGCCGUGGCGCAAUUGAUCAGAUUACCGCUCAAAUUGCAUGAGAAUACGAUCACCCUCCUUCUCAACGAAACAAAUUGGGAAGAAGGUGGAGAAGAGGAAGAUGAGGGCAACGAGACGAGCUCUGUGAGCGAGGAUACUGACGACGAGGACGAUCGCCCUAGAAAGACUUCUCUACCAAAACCAGUGGCACGACCACAACUAGCUAUCGACAUUGAUCUUGGUUUAAGCGCCUGGGCCAACUCUACCGAGUAUUUCGACCAAAAGAAGACGGCUGCUGACAAAGAAGGCCGUACCCUUCAAGCAUCUACAAAAGCGCUCAAAAGCCACGAGAAAAAGGUAGCUGAAGAUUUAAAGAAGGGACUGAAGCAAGAGAAGGAAGUGCUGCGGCCGGUGCGCAAACAGCAUUGGUUCGAAAAGUUCAUCUACUUCAUCUCGUCAGACGGCUACCUGGUUCUCGGAGGCAAGGAUGCACAGCAGAACGAGAUCAUAUACCGUCGUUUCCUGCGAAAGGGAGACGUGUAUGUACAUGCAGACCUGAAAGGCGCCAUGCCUAUGAUCAUCAAGAACAAACCAGACACCCCGGAUGCCCCUAUUCCACCAUCGACCUUAUCACAAGCCGGAAACCUUAGUAUAUGUACAUCUGAUGCAUGGGACUCGAAGGCGGUCAUGUCAGCAUGGUGGGUCCGUAGUGAUCAAGUCAGCAAAACUGGACAGACGGGGGAAUUUCUCCCUGCCGGCAUGUUCAAUAUCAAGGGAAAGAAAGAGUUUUUACCACCAGCUCAACUUGUGGUUGGACUUGCAGUCAUGUUUGAAAUCAGUGAUUCAAGCAAGGCGAACCAUCACAAGCAUCGGGUGCAGGAGACUGCAGUUUCUGCUGCCGAAAUGGCUAACGAGCCAGCGAACGAGUCCAAAGAAGCAGCAGCUGCGAAGACUGAUGAGAGCGAUGAUGACGAGUUCCCGGACGCAAAGAUUAAUUCAGACUCUGAUGACGAUUUCCCAGAUGCGAAGAUGGAACACACUGAAGAGAGUGAUGCCGAGUCCGAAGCUGCAGCUCCAAGGAGUAAUCCUCUUCAAUCAUCCACAAGGAAUGCUAAAGAAGACUCUGAUGAGGACGAGCCUGUCGUUGGUAAAGGGGGUGCUGAGCAUGCAAAACCUGGGGAAAAUAAUGGCGUGAUUGCGAAGGAAGAACCACCUGAAGAUGAAGGCUCGAUAGCUGACACUGAGCCGAUAUCGAAGUCUACAGGACGCGGAAAACUAUCUGCGAGAGAGCGCCGCCUAGCGAGGAAGGGUCAGCUUCAAGAGCUGCCUCAAGUGCCAUCUGAUGCAGUUUCUGCAGCUGAUGGGGCUGAUCAAGAUGAAGGUGAUUCCGCAGAGGGCGGUAGCGCUAAGGCACCUACAAAGGUGGAUGGAACUGUUACAUCGCAGAUGAACAAGCAAAAGAAUGCCCCCCUCCCACGUGGAAAACGUGCAAAGGCGAAAAAGCAGGCAGCGAAAUAUGCAGCGCAAGACGAGGAAGAUCGUGAACUGGCCAUGCGGCUUUUGGGUUCCAAGUCUGGCCAGCAAGCUGCGGAAGCCGCGGCACAGGAGAAGCGUCAGAAGGAAGAGCAAGCACAAGCCGACAAGCAACGCCGGCGCGAACAACAUCUUCGUGCUCAAGCUGCGGGUAAGGCUGCCGAAGAGGCCCGUCUCCGUGCACUCGAAAAUGCCGAAGAUGAUGACGAAGGCGACGAAGUCCUAAAAACAAAUCUGCAAAAUCUCGAUGCAUUCACUGGCCGCCCGUUACCGAAUGACGAGCUGAUCUCGGCAAUCCCAGUCUGUGCUCCUUGGUCCGCCCUCUCGACUUACAAGUACAAGGCCAAAAUGCAGCCUGGGUCCACGAAGCGCGGCAAAGCUGUUAAAGAGGUGCUGGCCAUCUGGGAUAAUGCGGGUAAAGAUGCCAAGAUUGUUGAUAAGAAUAGCCAGGAUGUCGAGCGCAUCUGGCCCAAGGAAAUUGACCUGAUUCGUGGAUGGAAGGAGACGGAGGUUGUGGGUGUGGUGCCUGUUAGUAAAGUGCGAGUGAUGAUUGCGGGAGGGAGGCGAGGGGCGGAGAUUGCAAAGGGAAAGAAGAAGAGUGUGAAGGGUGGGAGGGGAUCGAAGAAGAAGUGA